GGUUAGUACAGUCUGAGUCGCUGUACAGCUGUUGCCGGGUCCAAACAUCAAUAGAUCAGGCGCUUAGCUGUUAGAUCUUAUUGUACCGACUUUCUGGUUUGAUCAGUGUUGUGUUGGUACUUUUUCACUCCGUGUUGCAGCAGCCGGCACCGGCAUUGCAUCUUUGCGUCUUUUCUGGAAUUGAUUGAUGCAUGGUUGAUUGUUUCAAUUGGACCGAUUACUGAUUAGCUUUUAAUCAUGAAGAUCAAUUUGGUGUUAAUCUUGGUUUUCGCCUGUUUGCACGGUUCUUUCUCUACUGAAUAUGAUGGUAUUGUCAGGAUACCACUACAGCGUAUGGAAACAGGUCUGGAGAAAUUGUUACGUCAGGAAGCAGACAUCAAACUGAUUGAGGGGAUCUAUGAGAUGGCUCGUCAAGGAGCUGAGGGCUCCAAGUUGGUGUUGAAAGACGGCAAGUUUGUGCCUACCAAUGACACUCUCCCUCUCUUCAAAUACUUUGAUUCCGAGUACUACGGAUUGGUAAAUAUUGGAAAACCUGGGAAGACUUUCAAAAUGAUCAUGGAUACCGCUUGGGCAUAUAGCUGGGUCAUCUCUUCUGAAUGCCCCAGGACUAGUUUACCAUGUGCUGUGCACCAGAGCUACAACCAUAAAACAUCCUCCACAUACCAACCAGAUGGAAGAGAAUUCAAUGUGUCCAACGAAUUUAUGGGUUACAUGAGCAAGGAUGUGUUCCUUGUAGGACAGAUGAAUACAACAGGGCAGGGAUUUGCUGAACUGACUCACCUCCCAUGGAUCUACACUAUGUACGACAGUGAUGGAACAAUUGGCCUCGGGUUCCAAGAGCUUGCGCAUAAUGCGACUCCAUUCUUCUACAAUUUGAUAAGACAAAAUAGACUCAAAGAACCCAUAUUUUCUUUCUACAUUAACAGAGACCCAACGACUACCAGGGGAGGAUCUCUGUUUUUUGGCGGAAUAGAUCCCAAGCACAACAAGACUGCCUUUUCCACAAUCAACGUUAACUCAAAUGUAUACUGGCAAUUCCCUGUGACCAAGAUUUCUGUUGUGAUGAGCAAGAAGAGUCAAGUGGAUGUGUGCAAGAAUGGAUGCAACGCUUUGGCUGACACCAGCACUAAUGGAAUUAUGGGCCCUCCCGCUGAGAUAAAGGUCAUAAACCAGCUCAUUGGUGCUGAGAGAAUUUUCUUCUCCGACCGCUACUUGAUUCCGUGCACCCAAGAGUACAAAGGACCAAAAAUUGUGUUUAAUAUUAACAAUCAAGAGUAUAUGAUUAAGGGAAGAGAUUAUAUCCAAAAAAUGUCCUAUUCUGGAAUAACCAUCUGUCUGUCAGCAUUCCGGCCAGCGACUGGUUUGGCAAAUAACACCUGGACUCUAGGUGGCGCAUUUUUCUACCAGUACUACACGGCCUUUGAUGUCAUCAACCGACAAAUUUUGAUUGCUGAUGCAGCUUGAAACAGUGUUAUAACUUCUUGUUAUAGUUCAUAAGAAUAUUCACAAAAUAUGUAAAUUUUCAGCUGUGUUUUACUUUAGAAAAAUGUCAUUGAUAUUAUAAAGGAUAUCUGGGAAAUUUGCCAAAACGCAAUACUUAAUGGCUGUAAAACCCUUUUAAAUCAUCUUUUGCCAAUUAUGGACCUAACACAAAAGCACUGUUUUUAAUGAACUUCUAAAAAAGAAUUGUUUUAUUACUAUAAUUUUUAUUAAUAGAGAACGUGCAAUAUCUUAUAUGAUAGGUGUUUUUGAGAUAAUUACUAUUUUAAUUAUUUCAAACUUUAUAUUACAUUCAUAAAAUAGGAUUGUUAGUUAAUAUGUAGUUAAAGAGGAUAGUCCUCAUCCAAAUCACCUGAUAUAAUAACAUCUCUUAGCAAAAUGUAUCCGUACUAUCUAUAAACGUAUGUUGUCAUCUUAGUACUUACGACUUGUACGUAAUAAUUUUUUCAUAAUUAAUAAAAUUAAAGGACGAAAUGUCCAACUUCAUGCAAGGUUUAAGUUGUCAGUCCUAAAUUGUAUGAGUGAUAAAUGUGCACAGGCUACUCCCAACCAACCCAAUACCAAGUUGAUAACACUAGAGAUGUUUUCAAAUGUAAAUAUGCUAGUAUUGCAGUAUUUGCUAGGGAGAUAACCUUUUUGCAAUUUGCUGAGUUCUGUCAAGAAGAACAUGCAAUAGUAGAAAAACCUUUUUUGCUGAAAACAUCUAUUUAACCACUUCACGAUUAACAUUUUUCUAACAUCUUGUAUGUGAAUUACAUAAUGUUGAAAAAAGGGGAAGAAUUUCUCCACAUCCACAUAAAAUUAUGUGAUUGGGCUCCCUUUCUCAAGUCAUGGAUUCAUUAUUGCUAGUAGUCAUCUUAGUGAUAUUAAUCUAAUGUGUAAAAUACUAGGAUUAAUUGCAAAAAUGUAUAACUCUUAAAAGAACUUAAUGGAGCAAUGUUUGUGAGUUAAAGUUGACAGUAUAAUACUAGUGCUAUAAGGCUUGAAAAAUGUAAGUAACUUUCAAGUUUGAUUUAAAUAUUAUAAAGAUAAUUUUAAUUGAAUUUAAAGCUGUUAUUUUUACGUUUUUAAUGUAGGAACAAUUGUACAAAGUUCGAAAAUAAAUUGCUUUUUUACUUAUUA